AUGAGUGAACUUCAAGACUUAGAGAAAUACAAAACGGUUCGCAAAGUGUUACGAUCCAGACUUACAGAAAAGGGUAAGGAGAUCGCAAACACACUAGACAACAAAGAACUGAGCACAGCGAAUAAAGAGCUGAAAAUCAAGACAUUUGCUGCUUCACUGGACGAACUAGGGAAGGAAUUGUCAAACUUAGACAAAAGUAUAGAAGAGUUGACAUUCCACGUCAAACCAGAAGAAGCUGAAAAGGAGAUCGAAUCCCAAUGCAAGUUCAAAGAUGAACUUAUCGAAUACACGGUGCAGAUCAAAUCCUUUUUAGAGCUCAAUUCUUUGCCAAAGACGGUUAAAGUAGAGACGAAAGGAGACCAAGGACCAACAAUCAUCGUUCAAACGGAGCCGACGAAGAUUCCAUCCUUCUCGGGAGACUACAAAAAAUAUAGAAGCUGGUCGCAGCUGUUCGAUGUCUACGUUCACAACACCAAGAAGCUGCCGAUCGAGAAAUUCAAAGCGUUGAAGGGAGCUCUAAGCGGAGCAGCAGCGAGAGAGAUCGAACACUUGGAUUUUACGGGAGAUCAAUACGAAGUCGCUCGGGCGCUGAUCGAGAAGAAAUUCGGUAACAAGACGGAUGCGGAGCGACAACAUGUUCAGGAAAUCUGCAAAUUGGUGCAAACCAUAGAUCUUCGAAAAAAAGGCAAGUUACAAUAUUUUUCGUCUGUUUUAUCUCAAAAUAUUAAUGCGUUGGUGGCAAUUGGAAAAACCCAUCUCGAACUCAGUACAUUCCUAUUGCCUAUGAUUAUGACGCCUUUACCUGUAUAUAUGAAAGAACAAUUCUUGAGGGAGGCAAACAUUAACGCAGCAACAUCAGCCUCUGAAUUAGAACGUAUGUUAGCAUUUCUUGAAAAAGAGGCAGAUAUAAAGAGAGCCUCUAGCCAAUGGUUCAUUGAAGGCCCAAGCAGGCCAAACUUUAACAGCAGUGGUAGAUUCACAGGUCCAACAAGACAGAGAGAGCCAAACCAUAUCGAUAACCAUGUCAUACCAUCGGGUCAUAACGCGUUUAACGCGAGCACUUCAG